AUGGUUGACGACACAUACUAUAUUACCCCUCAUGAAGCCGCCUUGGCUGUUGUUGCCACGGCCAUGAAGAAAUCACGUUUACCGUUUUAUAUUCUAUUUAUAAAUUCAAUUAUGGGAGGGUUUCUUUUCUCCUCUGGAGGAAUGCUGCAUGUAAUGUGCCAAGCAGGAAGUUCAGGACUUAUACCCGGAGAGUAUAUAUUUGUCUCCGUUGCCCAAGGAGCUGUUUAUUCAAUUGGUCUAUUCUACGUUAUUAUUUGUGGUAUGGAACUGUUUAACUCCAAUAUAUUGUACUUCUCGGUUGGUGUUGUGCGUGGCGCAGUCACUUUAAUGGAUUUAAUAAUAUCAUGGUUUGUCUCAUUUUGGGUGAAUCUAGCCUCCAGUAUUUUUGUUGUUUAUGUCAUAUGUUAUUGCUCCGGUGUUUUCAAAGAAGAAAGUUUUGUUUUCGGAACAAUUGCAAUCGGUGAAGUCAAAAAUUCCUUCACUUUUGCUGAAAAUAUUUUAAAGGGUGUUGCCGGAAACUUUUUUGUCUGUCUUGCUGUCUACCUUCAAAUUAUGGUCAAGCCGUUACACGUUAAAUUUUUGAUGAUAUUCUUACCUAUUUUCACUUUUGUGUCCAUGGGCUUCUCACAUGCUGUUGCAGACAUGUUUAUGGUGCCAGCUGCAAUUUUUAACAAUGUAGGAUAUGGAUUUGGUCAUUAUUUUUGGAAGAUGAUGCUACCUGUUGCUAUUGGUAAUAUAAUUGGCGGCUCUUUUUUUGGUAUUGUUAUUACUUGGUAUUUACAUCUGCACGUUAUUGAGCAAGACAUGAAGAAAUUAAAGUUACCAGCUUAUGAAGAAACUGAUGAACAACCAAUGUUGAACAUGGAUUCCAGAGUUGUUCGUAACCCGGGAUCACAUGUUAUUCCUUCAGAAGAGUUUAAUUCAGAUCAAUCAUCAGAAUUGAAAGGUUAUGAACCAGAUGAAACUAGUAGCAUAUCAAAAAUGACAAGCAGGCGGAGUAUGAAUACAGCACAAAGUUUAAGAAGUACUAGAACCAGAACGUCAGGAUAUAGGCCUGGGUUAUCUCGAGUUGGAACUCUUUCAAGUAUCAGAAGUCGAAACUCCAGGCAGAUAAGAUCACCAAGAGGCGUAUUCCCAGUGACUGAUAUGGGCCCUCCACUGGAGAAGGAGAGGACCAUUGCUGGUCCCUAUACACCAGUAUCGCCUACGCAAUCUAAUGAUAUUGAUGAUAUAAUAGAUGAUGACAAUUCCAACGAAAAGGUUGAUGAAACGCAUGAUAGAAAUCUCAAUGAGACGCAAGGCGGAAUAGAAACAAUACCUGAUCCACUGGCGAAUGAAGACGCUCAAAGUGCUAUAUCUGGGGAUGGUGAUGAUGAUAACAUAGAAGGUGAAGAUUUCAGCAAUUUAGAAGGCGUAUCUUCUUACGUUGGAUCCAAUGACGAUGAUCAACCUCUUGAUAACCCCUACAAUCCUGAACUAGAAAAAGUUAGCUCGAAGUUGAUGCGUGCAAUUACAAGAACAGUUACCAAAGAUAAAACGCAAGAUGUAGAAAAAGGCGCAGUGCCAAAACCUAGGGAUGAUAAGUCACAAAGAAAUAGUAGAGAUAAUCAAUACAACAGAUUCAAAGAUAAUAGAUUGUUUAGACAGUUCACCUUUGGCGGUGGAGGUGAUGACCAACAAGAAAUACACCGUAGGUUAUCAGAUGCUAGAAUCACACGUAAAGCGGCAUAUAUGUCUGAUGAUAUUGCUGGUACUCAUGUCAACUCGGUGGAUACGCGUGUGCAUCGUCAAAAAAGACCAAGCACCGCUUCCAGUGUUAACAUUAAGCCACUAAAACCCCCCAAACCUGCAUUGAUUUCGAAGAAUUCUAAAACAUCUGGGUCUUCUGCAUCUGACAGAUGGAAACAUUUCACACAUGAUUCUGAAUUAGAUGCAGAACGACCGGUCAGUUUCAUAAGUGAGAAAUCAGAUCAUUAG